AUGAGCAUCGGAAGCUCAGGCCCGCUACCCACCCAAUUGCACCCUGGCAGCAUCGCCGACUCUGAUGCGACCAGUCCCGUGAGUGGCCAGGAUCCAGGAUCCGUAGGUCCUCCGACAAACCCCUCAACUGGACAGCCGAUUCAAGACGAUCAGAAAGACAAAAACGACCCGACACCAGCAUGGGCAGAGCUCAAGACCAAAGCAGGCAAGGAGCGCAAGCGACUUCCCCUGGCUUGCAUCGCUUGCAGACGCAAAAAGAUCCGUUGUUCAGGCGAGAAGCCGGCUUGCAAGCAUUGUCUGCGGUCUCGCAUACCUUGCGUCUACAAGGUGACUACCAGGAAGGCUGCUCCAAGGACUGAUUACAUGGCCAUGCUGGAUAAGCGCUUGAAGAGAAUGGAAGAGCGUGUCAUAAAAAUAGUGCCUAAAGAGGACCAAGGUCGGAUAGGAACCAUCGGUAGAGCUGUCGUCAAGCCUGCUAUUCCAGGCUUGCCCUCAAAGAACGAGAAGAAGAGAGCUGCUGACACAGCUUUUGGCGACGACAUCAACGAUUGGUCAAAAUCAAAGUCUGGUAUUAGCGCAGAAGCUCGAUUGAAAAUAGGCCCUCAAGAGCAGGACGAACGUCGAUUACUCCAGGAAGGAGCCGACCAAUUGCCCUCUCACGAGUUGCAGAUCCAUCUGGCUGAAGUGUAUUUCGACUAUGUCUACGGUCAAAGCUAUCACCUACUGCACAAACCAAGCUUCAUGCGAAAACUUGAAGUUGGACAAGUACCGCCGGUGCUCAUUCUGGCUGUGUGCGCCAUCUCUGCUCGCUUCUCAUCACAUCCCGACGUCAAAACGGAACCUGCUUUCUUGCGAGGCGAGAGCUGGGCCAGCGCGGCGAGGGAGAUCGCCUUGAAGAGAUACGAUUCGCCAAACAUCACAAUCCUCAUAGUCUACCUCAUACUUGGUCUUCAUGAAUUUGGAACGUGCCAGGGUGGUCGAAGUUGGAUGCUUGGUGGUAUGGCGCAACGAAUGGCGUACGCCCUACAAUUGCACAAAGACCUGGACCACGAUACUUCAACUCGCGCUACAGAGAACAAUGCAGAACUCACGUUCACUGACAGGGAGAUCAGGAGGCGUACGAUGUGGGCCUGUUUCAUGAUGGACCGUUUCAACUCAUCUGGAACCGAACGACCACUGUUUGUCAACGACCAGUACAUCCAAGCUCAACUACCAGUUAAGGAACACUUUUUCCAAUUUGAGAUUCCUGGCACAACGGAAGUACUCGAGGGACCAGUUCCUGAAAAUAACGAGAAGCCCGGACCACAUGCGCUUUCAGCAACUGAGAACAUGGGCGUAGCUGCAUACAUGAUCCGAUUGGUAGCCAUUUGGGGUCGCGUGAUUCGCUAUAUGAAUCUAGGAGGAAGGGAAAGAGACAAGGAACCGAUGUGGUCUACCAAAUCAGAGUUCCAUGCCAUAAAGGAAGCUGUCCGUGAAUGGCAAACUGGACUUCCAUCUACGCUAACUUGGUCACAAGAGAAUCUCGAAACUCAUGCAAGCGAGAAAAUUGCCAACCAAUUCAUCUUCAUGCACUUGAUUUGCAACCAGAUCAUCUGCUUCACAAACCGCUUUGCGCUGCCGUCGCCAGGAUCAAAGUCAGCAAGCGUUAGGGAUACUCCACAGGCGUUCAUCACUGAAAGUGGGAGGGCCGCCCUGGAUGCGGCUAAUCAGAUAUCAGUCUUGAUCAACGAAGCUAUGGAUCAUAGAGUGGUUGCACCUUUUGCCGGAUAUUGUGCCUUUUUCUCGAGUACCGUCCAUAUCUAUGGCGUAUUCUCGAAGAAUCCAGCACUAGAAGCGUCUUCUAAACAAAACUUGGCGACGAACAUCAAGUACCUGACGCGGAUGAAGAAACAUUGGGGAAUGUUCCAUUUUGUCACGGAAAAUCUUAAAGACUUAUACCGCAGACAUGCAGACGCUGCUUUCCGAGGUGCACAAGCUGGUAAUAACCAGAAGCCGCUGGACACGAUCUUUCAAUAUGGCGAUUGGUUCGACCGAUAUCCUCAUGGUGUUAGCGGCACAGACUAUGAGGAACCCGUUACUGCAGAUGUUAAGAAAGAGCCAGGCUCCGACGCGGUCAUGGGCCAGAAGAAUGAUUUGCAAAGUGUCGAAGAGUUUUUCUCAAAGUUGAGUCCU